AUGGGUAAAAGAGGCGGUAAGAAGUUUGGCCGAGGUGGUCGAGGUGGCGGCGGUCGUGGCGGCGUCCGUCGCGACGACAGCUGGCAGCAGAUUACCAGAUCGAACGAGAAGUUCGAGACUUACUACAAUUUGCCAGAAUUCCUCCCAGAAGAGGAGAAGGAGGAGUUUUGGACUUAUCUGAGACGGGAUCUUCCUAACAGCUUCCGUUUCACUGGCUCGCGUGGCCAUGCGCUUGCUGUCCAGAAGCGACUUCGGGACUUUUACAUUCCUGAGAUCACCUCUAUCAAAUAUGAGGGCGAAUUCGUCGAGCCCCCGCGCCCAGUCUCGUGGUACCCGGAUCAGCUUGCUUGGUGGAUGAGUACCCCCAAGCAGGUUAUUCGCCGCUUCGGGCCUUUUUCUUCUUUCCAGAAGUUCCUUGUCGCCGAGACCGAGGUCGGAAACAUUAGUCGACAGGAAGUCGUCAGCAUGAUUCCCCCCCUUCUCAUGGAUCUGCGUCCUGGUAUGACAUGUUUGGACAUGUGCGCUGCCCCCGGUAGCAAGUCCUGCCAGCUGAUGGAAAUGAUUCAUGCUGGAGAGGAGGAGUCUGUUGUGGAGGUUGGCAAGCAGGUCAAGGCAGGAACUGCUGCUCCUGAGCCUAUCGGUCCUGAGGGAUUGAAUGACGAUGGUCGUACCAGUGGUCUAUUGAUCGCCAACGACAGUGACUACAAGCGUGCGCACAUGCUUAUCCACCAGAUGAAGCGUCUGAGCUCGCCCAACUUGAUUGUCACAAACCACGAUGCUACUAUGUACCCAUCCAUCAAGCUUCCUCCUCAUCCCGCCGAGGAUGGUAAGCCCCAGCGCGGCCGAUACCUCAAGUUCGACCGUAUUCUUGCCGAUGUUCCUUGCUCCGGUGAUGGUACUGCCCGCAAGAACUACAAUGUUUGGAAGGAUUGGAACCCCGCCAACGGCCUGGGACUGCACACCACACAGGUGCGUAUCUUAGUUCGUGCCUUGCAGAUGCUUAAGGUUGGUGGACGUGUUGUCUACUCUACCUGUAGUUUGAACCCCAUUGAGAACGAGGCUGUUGUUGCCGCUGCCAUUGAGCGCUGCGGUGGCGCUGUCAACGUCAAGAUCAUUGACUGCAGCAGCGAGCUUCCCGGCCUGAAGCGCAAGCCUGGUCUGAAGGACUGGAAGGUCAUGGACCGUGAAGGUCGCAUUUGGACCAGCUGGAAGGAAAUUGAGGAGCAGAGAGAUUCACAGGGCAUUGAGGGUCUGGCUAGAUUCUCUCCCAGUCUGUUCCCUCCCACUGGCGAGACCGCUGAUUUGCCCCUCGAGCGCUGCAUGCGUGUUUACCCCCACCUCCAGGAUACCGGUGGUUUCUUCAUCACUGUCCUCGAAAAGGCAGCUGAGAUUAAGGCCAAGCCUGAGGACAACAUCAAUGUCAUCGCUAAGAUGCCCAAGACACCAGUGGCUUCUCUCGUCACGGAGCUUGAUUCUCGCAAGAAUGGCGAGAGCGAGCCCUACCAGAAGCUGGACUCCCUCGAUGGCGUUGCCGAGCUUGACCCGGAGACCAAGGAGGAUCUUGCGAAGAACGAGUCCGUGGCCGAAGCAACCAACCAGCCACCCUACUCUGUGACUCUUGAUUCAUCUGAUGCUACCCUGAAGCGUGGUGCUGAUGAUGCCGAGGAGGUUCUUCCAGCCAAGAAGACCAAGCUUGAUGACGGUACUGAGGUCCUUGUUGGUGACCGCCCGGUUCACAAGCCCGGCCCUGUUCAGGCCGAGCAGUCUGGUGACAGCACUCCUGCCGCUGCACCCAUUUCAGACAAGCUUCUGAAGAAGAAGCAGCCCCAGGAGGAUCCUUACAAGUACCUGGAUCCUAACCACCCCGAGCUUGGACCAAUCUACGACUUCUACCAGUUGUCCGAGCGAUUCCCUCGCGAUCGAUUCAUGGUGCGCAAUGCUGAGGCCAACCCGGUACGAACAGUUUACUACACCAGCCCCUUGGCCCGUGAUAUCCUCAUCAUGAACGAGGGCUCAGGUAUCAAGUUCGUUCACUGUGGUGUGAAGAUGUUCGUGAAGCAGGAUGCUCAACGCGAGAAUGUGUGCCGCUGGCGUAUCCAGACCGAUGGAUUGAAGAUCAUUGAGCCCUGGUUGGGCCCCUCUCGAUCCGUCUUCUUGACAAACAAGCAGACCCUGCGCAAGCUUCUCGUUGAGAUGUUCCCCAAGCUCAAUGAUAACGGCUGGAAGAACCUGGGCGAAAUUGGCGAGCAGGUUCGCGAUAUCCCCAUGGGCUGCAGUAUCCUCCACGUUGAGCCCACCGAAGAGGAGGGUGGUUUCACUGAGCGUAUGGUUCUGCCUCUCUGGCGUUCUCUGUACUCCUUGAACCUCAUGCUUCCCAAGGAGGAGCGCCGCGCCAUGCUGCUGCGUCUUUACAACGAUCAUACCCCUCUCAUCAACUCGACACAGAAGAACCAGAAGGCCGAAGCUGCUAACCAAUCUACUCCGGAAACCAGUACUGUGGAGACCCCUGUUGAUGCUGAGGACGCAGCUCUGAAGAGCGAGAACCUUCAGCUUGGACAAGAUGAGCAGGAGCAUGUUGACAGCCGCGAGACCUACAACAAGGCCGAUGGUGAGGAGGACCGCUUCAACACCACUGUUUAG